CUCACUUUUUUUUUUCCCUGUCGCACAAUGAUCUCGAACUAGACGUUUUGUCUUUUUUUUUUUUUUUCUUUUUAGUUCUUGCAUCCAAAAAGAUCGGACUCUUUUUUUGCUUUUGUUUAUUUGUUGCUUACAUUGGGUCUUGUUUAUUUUCCAUGAAGCGGUUCUCCAAUCUAUUUACGACUGCGAUACCAAACAAACCGCCGGAAGUUCAGGAAGCUAUGGUGGAUAUUCCGGUGCGUAUUAUUGGCGCACGGGGUUCAGGAAAAACGACGUUCCUGUACAAGCUGUAUUUCAAGUACUGUGAGUCUCAGGUCGAUAGAGAUAAACCUUUUGAAGUGUUGCCUACCGAAACAUUCAACGUAGAAACAAUCAGUUAUCAAAAUCACGCAUUUCAACUAUGGGAUUUUUCAGAAAUUAGUGCAUCCCUGCAUUACAUGAAGCAUACACAAGUGCUCAUCUUUUUCGUGGAUGCCGUAGAGCAACAGAAACCGCACGUGGCAAAGAAAAACAUCGAGAACCUCUUGUGGCUUCUGGACCAAUUUGCCAAACCGCUGGCUCAAGCGAUCGUUAUCACGGUGGCAAACAAGUGUGACGCGAAAGGAGCGAUGGACGUGCAAGAUAUCGGCGAGAUGUGGAUCAAGAAUCCCAGUGUCAAAUCCGCAUUGGAAGGGCACGACUGGAGAAUCUUUUCAUGCGAUGCCGUAUCCGGUCAAGGACUCACCACCGUCAUGGAUUACCUCGUCCAAAAGUUGGAAGCCAAGAAAACGCGACCCCUUAGUUUUGGCAGCACCACGCAGCAGAGUACUCACUCGUCCGUGAGUCAGUUCUCCUUACCUUCCUCUUCCACGGCGUCAUCCAUGCCCAUUGUCGCCCGUUCAGCUCGUUGUUCGGACUUACGACGGCCUUCCAGUCUCCUGUCGGACGAUCGUGACGGAUCAUGUACAACCUAUCAGCAUGAUUUUCCAUCCCAGUCGAAAAUGCCCGUGACACCUUGGGAAGACGUGGGCCACCCGUAUCAUUUAUCCGACCAUGAAUUCUAUUCGAGCUUUUACGAAGGACGCUCGUUCCUCUACUUUGACCAUUACACGCUCCUGCGAAUUGCGUACCUGACCCUUCGACACGAGAAGCGCAAGGAUGCGACGAAACGACUACUGCAUCGCUUGCGAAGGACGCUGCGUGAUAUAGAAUUAUUGGAACAGGAAGCGUUUCGAGACGCCGAACCCAUGUUACCAGAGAAUGUAUUCCAUGAAUCGAUUCGAUACUCAGAAACCCAUAUUCUGUUUUGGCUGCAAAUGGUGUCGUUUGCCAUGUUACGGCAUCCCGUCCUGGAAGGCGAAGAUCGAGGAUUCGAAACGUUUCUGAUGCAAAGCAGCGAACUCUGGGACGGCGAGAUUUGGAAAAAGUACUAUUCAGCCAAAGUGUACCAGUCCGAAAAAGGCAUCAACUCUUUCUUACCUCCUGAUCGAAAACCGCUUCCCAAUGCUUUCCGGCCUUCCUCGCUGGCUCUCAAGGGAAGCGGUCUAAGGAUCGAUUAUCAAGUACUAUAAACCAUUAGCUGGCCUCAUUCACCACUUAUACCAUAGAUAAAACCAAACUGUUUUGGAAGUCGUGCUUCAAACAUGAUUUAGCGAGACUCUGUUUCAUUCUUCAAUGUACACAUAUACGGAUCCAUAUCGUCUUUCGUAUUUCCCGUCCAUGUAUAUUUAACUUUGAAGAUCCUGUGGCGGCGCGUUUUAUCAUUAACAGCUUCAUGGCAAUAUGUACUUCCUUUAAUUUUAAUGUUGGUGCGGUAAAGAAUGGCGGUAGCAAGUUGCUUAGAGCGCCAAUGAGCUUCAAUUCUUUUCAAAGAGGAGAGCGGAAACAAAUUGGCGCGUCGGAAUAAGAAGCAAUUAGUGGCCAAAAAAAGCGAAA